AUGAUUAUUGGAAGAAGCGUGUUCCUCACAAAACACUUCAUCGCUGAGUUGGGAAAUGAUCCUAAUCCGAUAACAGCUUACUCAAGUCGGAGGCACCUAGCCAAUUCUGUCGUAAUUGCUCCCUUAGUUGCACUACCGAAUUCACUGCAAACGCGUCGUUCCUUUGCUAAACAUGUGGUUUCCAGCAAAAAUAACACCUCUUGUGACCUCGCUGCUGAUCGUGGUCAGUUGCGCCACAGAUACUAACGACGUAAAAAUCAUCGGUGGUUUUCCUGCGGAACUGAGCAGCACCUACCAUCAGGUCUCGAUCCGAAGGAAAUCCGUCGAUCUGGCCCUGUUCGGCAGUGGGCACAUCUGCGGUGGAAGUCUCAUCAACGAUUGGACGGUACUGACGGCUGCCCAUUGUUUGGUCAACCAGGACGACAAGAGACGUGUGGCAAGCUUCUUCCGGGUGGUCGGCGGUGGUCUCGAUCGCACUGUGGAGAAUCAGGAUAAGAUGGUCGCCAACGUUAGCAAAGUGAUCAUCCACGAAGAGUACAACGCGAAGACAUUCGCCAACGAUAUAGGGCUGUUGAUCCUCGAUAAAGCGAUUGAAGACUCUCAUCCAACGCUUAAAACUAUCGAUCUGGCGACCAAAAGUCCCGCUCCAGGAACAGCCUGUCAAACCACCGGUUGGGGAACCACUCAAUUCGGCGUUCCAAUUGCGACGGUAGAGUUGAGAGCCGUCAACAUAACCGUUCAACCAAUCGACUCGUGCAACGCCACCUACACUGGAAUGAUUCUGGAUGGGAUGCUUUGCGUGGGAGAGAUUGCCGGAGGGAAGGACACUUGCCAGGGCGAUUCCGGAGGUCCUUUGGUAUGCAAUGGGUCUCUGACAGGGGUAGUUUCGUUCGGGAACGGUUGCGGUAGUCCCAAUUUCGUCGGAAUCUACUCCGAUGUGGUCUACUUUCGGGAGUGGAUAAACAAGCAUAAAAGCGGAGGUGAAAAACUGGUGUCAGCGGUUUUCGGUUUAGUGGUAGCUGGUGCGCUGCACAUGUUCAGGGCGGUUAGAGAAAUGUAAAUCCGAAACGUUUUGAUAAUAAAGUGUCCUUCCUUAGUACCCUCA